GUUAGAAGAAAGAUGCCUGUUGGCUAUCAUGAGCAUUGCGACAAGUGCUACAAUGUCCACUGCCAAGUCCCGGAGCAGAUCUCCAUCUCAUGCUUGGUCAUCAAGUGUCGUCUUAACUGUGGCGCCACCUUCCACAUGUGCAAGCAAGAGGAGCACCAGCUUCUCUGUCCCAAUGAGACGGUCCCCUGCCUCAAUGCUCACUACGGCUGUCCUCUUCCCAUGCUGCGCCACAGGCUGGCCAAACACCUGGAGGUAUGUCCUGCCAGCGUGGUCUGCUGCUCUCAGGAGUGGAACCGCUGGCCUGUUUCAGAAACGGAUAUGGCCUUUUACAAAAAUGUUUUGGAAAGCCCUCAAACUGAGGUCAACCUGGACGUUGCCAUGGCUCUGAGGGACCAAGAGCUGCUGUUUCGAUCCAUCAAAAUGAAGAACAUCUUCCCUGAGUUUAUGGUGGGGGAUCCUGCCCCCAAGGAUGUUUUUGCUGGGCUCAACAGUCCUGCAGAUGAAGCAACCUGUUCUUUAGAUUGUGGUGAAUUUACAGAAAAUGGCUGCACAAGGAUGGAGGAAAAAGAACUGAGCCAGGAGGAGAGGGAAGCUUUGGCAAAGAGCCGGGACCUGGAUGGUAUUCAGAACUACACCUCCUAUGAGAGAAUAUUCAACAAGGAGAUGGAGGGAUGCAAGCAAACUGUGAAAAACUUGAACAAGAAGGAGGAAAAGGCAAAGGAAGAGCAAGAAUCAUCAAACCGACAGGGGGAGACAAGAGACUCCCACACGGGUCGAGAGGACGCUGCUGGCGCUCCGAGAAUGGACAGCACAACCGGCCUAGCGCCAUGGCAAGACGGGGUCCUCCAGAGGUUGAGCCGGGAAGUCAACAUUGCUGAGUACAACAUGUACCUGGUGCACAAUGGAGCAAUGUUGAUUAACUUCGGCCAACUUGCAGCUUGCACCCCAAGAGAAGAGGAUUUUGUUUAUGGUAAUCUGGAGCCCAUCAAGGUUCAAACCGUCCGCUCAUUUAUUGCUCCAACUAGCUAUCGACCAAAGCGCAAUUACCUGAAGAAUCGGAAGGUCAAGGCCAAUGCUAGCGUUGACACUGCAGAUUUGGGUAUUUCAGUUGAGGACCUCCCAAAGUGCGACGAGGUCAGCGCCACGCUCCUACACUCCCUGGAAAAGGAACUGAGAGGACAUUUAAUCUCAGAGAGUGUGGGGAGGGACGGUUUUUACGUAGAUAUAGGAACACAAACAUACAACUUUGCCUCUGCGCCGUUCAAAACGGAUGCGACGCUUGCAGAUGUCAUCGCCGACAAGCCCCGUGGUCUUCACGUGCAGAUCGAAGUGGAGUCUGUCACCAGAAGACACAACAAAUCAAGUUCAGCCUUCAGCUACGAGUGUGGCCACUUCUUUCGGCGUGACGAAUACCGCUCUCAUUUCCAGAAUGUGCACUGUGACAUACAGGCCUCUCUGAGCGGCUGGUUCCAACAGCGCUGCCCCUUGGCGUACCUCGGAUGCACUUUCACCCAAACAAGGUUUCACCCUUCAGGUCAACAGGCCGCUGUCAAAUUCCGCCAAGAUGUCAGCGCCUUCGUCCUCCAGCGAGAAGUCCCUUCAUUCCUCUGUGAAGGCGGGGAAACCCUCAGCCCUCAGAGAAGUGGCGCACAUAAUCUGGAUCCCCUGAGCGGAUUGCCCCUGGAGAUCCUUCAGCACAUUGCUGCUUACCUUGACAGUUUUACAUUAUCUCAGCUGUCCCAAGUCUCCCAUCUGAUGAGAGAGGUGUGUGCCACAUUCUUGCAGGAGAGAGGGAUGGUCUCUCUCAAGUGGAAGAAAAAGACAUACUCCCAUGGGGGAAGCUCCUGGAAAUGUCGAAAGAAAGUUUGGGAGUUCAGCUCUCUGUUCUCCUCCGUGGACAGAUGGAGCUUCAGUAACACUCCUUCCAUGUCAGAUCACCUGAAAACCUGCUCCUUCUACCAGAGAGAGGAGCACACUGAGCCGGUGGCUUUAGCCUGCCUGGGAGAGGUCAGAGACAAACAUGGAAAGAUAAAGCUCAAAAAACAACGCUCAGGGUCCCAGAGCUCAGUGGGCGGACCGCAACACGAGCAAGGCGGCGUUUGGAAUCACUCAGACGUGAUGUGA